ACGCUCUCUCUACCUCGAGCCCUUCUUUCCUUUCGUCUCCCUUCCCUUCCCGUGUCGAGCCUGCCUCUCGCCCUCUCUCUCUCCCGCAUCCACUCUCUGCUCUCUGCUCUGCUCUGCCUCCUCUGUCUCGCCUCGCCUUGCAAUUGCCUCGGCACUUGGUAGAGAUCGCGCUCUUCCUCUCGCGGCGGUGCAAUCGGUCUCCUCUCGCGGUGCUCUGCUCUGCUUUUGCUUUUGCUUGGCUUGGCUUGGCUCAGGCUGGGGCUGGCCUUGGGUUGGGUAGGGUGGGAUUGGCUGUGCUUUCCUCGGUGUAUCAGCACCGUGCUCUGUUGUGGCUGCGUUUUCGGACUUGGGCCUGCAUUCGCACCGUCUGGGCAGAAGCAGCGGGCGCUUUCGUCGAUGCUCUCGUCGACCAAUCGAUCGCAUCUCUCAGUGCGAAAUUGCUCUCAUUGAUCCUCUUUUUGUGCGCCGAUUGGGCCUGCGUCUCUUGGCGUGACCGGGAGUGAGGCAGCUGUGGGCGUUUUGCUGGGUUUUGCUCUGCUUUGAUGUCAUUGUCAUUGCUCUUCGCUGGGGAGACAGAGAGCGAGGAGAGGAGAGGCAAGAGGCGAGUCGCAGAAACCAGCGAUUUGUACAAGUGGACGACGGCAGGGUUUGGGUUGAGUCGGGUCCGGUUUGGCUGGGCUGUGUCGCGUGGUGUCGAGGUGAAUUGGGCUUGACCAGAGGGUGGGAGUGAUCGAUUGCAGGAGAGUAGACGCGAGCGAGAGGGACAUGUGAUUUAAGAGGUCGGGGUUUUGUGGCGCGGACGGGCAAUUGGGGAGGUGGAGGGGGGGUUUUUGAGAAAUUGAGAGGUGUGAGGCGUGUGCGCUCGGGUAGCGCUGGAGACCGAGCGGGCUAUAGGCGUUCGGAAACGCUUCGGGGCGAGGAAAGGAGAAGUAGUGUGCAACCCUAGAGGAAAGAAGCGGGGUAAUUACGUGGGUGUGAGGCUGGAGGUGGACGACAUGGUGGAAGCCAUACAAAUGGCUUCUGAGUGCGAAUUGAAGAGUUCACCUCCGAUCAAGCGGAGAGGAGAGUCGGAUUGCAAGCGGAAACUGAGCAGUCCGGAUCCUCCUGAGAGAAUCGAGGGCGAGAAGGACUUGAAGCGGGAACUAAAGAAACUCAAGCAGAAGUUCGCGAAGGAGUACGAUGGCAAUCGAGCUUGUCCUCCCAAAAUCUUCUUUCUUUUGUAAAUAGACCGAUAUGCAGGUUGAGAAUUCUCUCUAGGCGCCCUGUCUAAUUGUUAACACCAUUUUCUGGUCUCAUCUAGCUUCCGCGGCAUUUCCCUCACUCGCCAAGCUCUGACGCCGCAGGAAUCAGAUGUGCCAAAUGCAUGUGUACAUAGUAGGGCGGCAGGGUGUGAGACAUCUUCGUCCAGUUUCCAGGCAGUGUAUAUACUUUAGUCUCACAGGAAGCCGAGUUUUGUGUAUUGUAUAAUUUCACGUUACUAUUACCGAUUAGAUAGAAGACUGGGAAUUGAGAUCUAGUCCGAUAUGCAGACUGAACAUACCUUUGUAGAUCGCGAACAACAUUGCAGUGCGGGCCCUUUGAUGGUCUUAGCUGGUCUCGUAGUACCAAGGUGAUGCUUUGUAUAUGAACUCUGAUUGGUGAUAUUUUUUGACAAUAAAGUUUUGUCUACAACAUGGAAGUGUUGGCUCUGGAGCU